AUAAUUUAAAAGUUUUUGACCAAUCAUAAGUUGACAGCGCCGAUGUUAAUUACCUAAACGAAAGAAAAUUAGGAAAGUGAAACCGACUCGUACGACUCCUUCCAAAAGGUAUAUAUAUCUAAGCUAUGGUGAAGUUGUAGAAGAAAAUAGCUUAUGGUUUGCUGAAAACAGUUUGUUUAAUUGCUUCCUUCCUUCUUUCCUUGGGUUGGUUUUCAUCAACAACCAUGGAUUAUGCAGUAGUGAAAGGAGUAACAAGGGGUGGUUCAACCCUGGAGUGGAUCAAUGUCAAGACUCUCGGCGAGGGUUCCUAUGGGGUUGUUCACUUGGUGAAACCAAUCAAACCUGAUCUUGAUCCAAUUUUUGCCGUAAAAUCUUGUCCUUGCCAGGACUCCCUUUCACUCCAGAAGGAACAACGAAUCCUUCGACGACUUGUUGGCUGCCCAUAUAUUGUUCAAUGCUUUGGUGAUACAUUGAGCAUUGAUGAAGAAGGGGAGGUGGUUUACAACUUGUUUCUUGAAUAUGCUCCUCGUGGAGAUCUUUUCGACUUAAUAACCAAACGAUAUUGGGGCAAGAUACCGGAAUGUAAUGCCAGGUUCUAUGCGAGGAUGCUGGUUCUAGGGCUUCGGAAUAUUCAUGAGAGAGGCUAUGUUCACUGUGAUCUCAAGCCAGAAAACAUCCUUGUUUUUCCUUUUGAUCUCAAUGGUUUGAUUAAUGGUCUAAAAAUUGCUGAUUUUGGCCUGGCUAAGCAACCUGGAGAAAGAGUAGAUGGGCCACCUGGGAAGGUAAAUUUUCCAGGUACAGCGGUUAACAUGCCACCAGAAUCAGUUGAGAAUGUGAAAAUCAGUGCUUCAUUAGAUAUAUGGUCACUAGGGUGCGUUGUUCUCCAGAUGAUUACUGGAGAACCACCAUGGGAAUAUGAGAACCUGACGGAUCUGGCGAUCAAGCUUUUUCAUUCCAGGAAUCCACCAAAAAUCCCAGAAAACAUGUCAAGCGCAGGAAAAGAUUUCUUGAUGAAGUGUUUUGCAAGGAAUCCUAGUGAAAGGUGGACUGCUGCUAUGCUGUUAAACCAUCCAUAUCUCCUUCCAGACUUGCCAUCUCAAACAAACUUUCUUCACCGUGCUCAAGCUGGUAGUCAUCUUCCUUCGAUGAAACAUCAAACGAUGCAACUUAACUAGUGGAAAGAAAUCAGAGAAAUGAAGUAACGAGCUUCUCUUGAAAUGUAUCUUCAACUCUUUCCUAUUGUAAAUGGGCCAAAACCAACUUUCACAUGUAUGAUAUAAAACUUCAUUUGGAAUGAACUUAUCCUGAAAUUUCAA